AUGGAUUAUAAUCCAUAUAGGAACGGGUCAAAUUUUGUUGAUCUUCUAACCAGUCAACAAGAAAGUGUCUUCGGUCAUUCACAAGUUCCCUUCAAGGCCACUCAACGUAGUGAAGAGACUUUUGUAGAGCGUAGAGAACGCCGCACAUGGACGCCUACAGAUGACAUUGUCCUCAUAAGCGCAUGGCUGAACACAAGUAAAGACCCGGUGGUUGGAAAUGAGCAGCGUUCAGGUGAUUUCUGGAAGCGAAUUGGAGCCUACUUUGCGGCAAGCCCAAAGGUUGCAGGCUGCGAACGGAGAGUGCCAAGCCACUGCAAGCAACGUUGGCAGAAGAUAAACGACCUGGUGUGCAAGUUUUGUGGAGCUUACGAGGCUGCAACCAGGGAGAAAACAAGCGGACAAAAUGACAAUGACGUUCUGAAGAAAGCACAUGAGAUCUACUACAACAACCAUAAGAAGAAGUUCAACCUUGAGCAUGCGUUUAUGGAGCUGCGCAACGACCAGAAAUGGUGUGAUCUUUCAAGCUCUAAAAACGAAGGAAGCUCAAGGAAGAGGAAGUAUGAGGACGGUGCACAAUCUUCAACCUCUCACGCUACUGAAACUAACACGUCUGAAGCUGAUGAAGCAAGCAAUCGACCACCGGUGUGA